AUGCAAGGAGACCAGUGUGUCCACUGGGAUUCACCGACUGGGCUUCACCGACUGGGCUUCACAGACUGGGCUUCACAGACUGGACUUCACCGACUAGACUUCACCGACUGGACUUCACCGACUGGACUUCACAGACUGGGCGAGUCGGCCCGAGCGAUCUACCUAGCAUCCACUAUGGUGGCGCUCAGCGAACUACAAGGACCUCCCCUUCCAGAUUCCGAUACGCCCCUCCACGAGGUGUUUUAUCAGAACGUCGUGAAGUACCCCGAUACUGUGGCUCUUGUCUGUACCCAGCAACCCUCUACUCUCUACGGAAUCCCGAGCCUGCCCAUCGACAGCGACAAGCGUGAAGCUGACUAUCUACGAUGGACCUACCGGGACCUCGAUCACGCUAUACAGCGACUUGUCACUGGUUUGCGAAGUCGAGGGCUGAAGAGGGGUGACCCAUUGGUGAUAUUUAUGGCAAAUACCGCUGAAUAUGUUAUUGCCACCUGGGCUGCGUACCAGAUCGGCUGCGCCUACGUUCCAAUCAAUCCCAAGGGCCUAUCCAAUGCCAGAGAGAUGGGGCAUAUGUUACAGACAGCAAUCAAAGGAUGUCAGUCUGAUCUUAUUGGCAUCAUUGCCGGAAAAUCCGAUAUGUGUGCGCCCAUUGAAGAGUUGACGUCCGGGCUGAGCUGCGUGAAAAUAUUGCUCGAAGGAGGGUUGGACGGAUGGACACCAUUUGAGGAGCUGAUGCAGAAUUCAGCUCCAGAUUUCCUGCAAAGCCUAAGCAAGGGUCAUCACUCAGAAGUUUUCGAUCGAUCAAUUUUCUUCACCAGUGGAACGACAUCUCUCCCGAAAGGUUGUAUCAUGCCAUCUGCGUAUGGUUUUGCGGCCGCAUUGUCCUGGCGCCAAAGCAGUGUUCCUAUGCUACCUGGGGAUCGGGUGUUAUUUACAUUGCCAAAUAACCACGGGUUUGGCUGGCUUUGUAUCAUAUCUGCCUUCCUCAACGCAGGCACCGUUGUGAUCCCGGGCCCAAGGUUCAUCCCAGAGGCUGUGAUCAAGGCCAUCCAGGAGGAGCGAGUGAGCCACACUGGAUUUGUGCCAACUAUGGUGCAUGCUCUGAGCAGUAUACCACUUCCAUCUGGGAAGCUGACUUCUCUUCGGCGUAUUGUACUUGGAGGCUCUCCCCCAACCGAAGAAGUCAUCAGGAUCUGCCUUGACUAUCUAGGUUCGUCGGGGGUGGAGAAUCUCUACGGUAUGACGGAGGGCAUCCUUAUCUCUUCUGAUGUGGUGAGCCAAGCCAGCGAUAUGAUCAAAGGCAGAGAUGUUUCUAUCGGCACGCCACUCCCUGGCAUGUCUGUCCGUAUAUACGCCAAGGACAGCAAAGUGGCACCUAAGGCUGGAGAUGCUGGCGAGAUGCAUUUCUCAGGCCCAAGUCUGAUCAAGGGAUACAUUGGAGGAGCAGAUGAAAACUUCUACAACGAAAAGGAUCGCCGUUCGUGGUUUCGCACUGGUGACAAAGCCUUCAUUGGUAGCGAUAAUCGUCUCUACCUGAUUGGUAGAUACAAAGAUACCAUCAUUAGGGGAGGCGAGAACAUUGAACCAUCAGCGAUCGAAGCGGUUCUGGGUCAAAUCCCCGAAAUCAACGUUCUUCAACCUCAGGUUGUACGCGCACCGGACAAUGUUGCCGGCGAAGUUCCUAUUAUCGUUGUGAACAAGGAAAUCGAUACCAUCACAGUGAAUAGACUGAAAGACACUGUCUUGGCGCGAAUGGGAGAUCUUUAUGUUCCGGCAGAUGUGAUACCGGUACAGGCAUUAGGACAUGAAGUAUACCCGAGGACCAUGGCAGGAAAGGUCCAGAAGGCCAAACUAGAAGAACUGGUCAGGACAUACUGGGAGCGCCAGCAUACGCAGGACGAUCACAGUUUUGAUGGGCCCAUUUCAGGCCCUGAAGUGAUGGAAUCAUUGUGCAUGGCCAUCGAAAAACAGAAGGGACAUCCGAUUGACCUUUCUAUUCGAAUGAUUGAGCUAGGAGUCGAUUCAAUCUUGUCUAUUGCAAUCCUCAAGCGCGUCCAGAUAGCAACAGGGGUUUCACUUCCGUCAUCUCUGUUCUUCACCCAGGCAACAGUCGGUGCAAUCUGCCAACAGAUCAGUUCGAUUUCAAACAUGGCAGACUUCCUUAAUUUCACACCCCUCAUGGAAGAUGCACCUAGCAACAUAUGCUUUUCAGUUCUGCUUCAGGGGACCCCUAGAAGAGGCGUUCCUUCCCUCUUCCUCGCCCCUCCAGGCUCUGGAAAUGCCUUCGUAUACAAAACGCUGCCUAAAUUUGCCAACGACUGUGCAGUCUACAGCUUUGGCUCUCCAUUUCUCAUGACCAAAUCAGAAUCCUCUUGGACGAUAGAAGAAACUGCCACCAUCUAUGCAAACACCAUUCGCAGCAUUGAUCCUCAAGGGCCAUAUAUGCUAUGCGGCUGGUCAAUGGGAACGGCCACUGCAUAUGAAACCGCAUACCUGCUCCACGAACAGGGAAAGCAAGUUCUGGGGAUAAUCAUGCUAGACUUGGCAUUGCCUCGGCCACCCCCCAAGAUCCCGGAGGCAACCGUCGAGCUGUUUGAAAUGAUGGGCGUAUUCCCCCCUAUUCGUCGUGAAGGCAAGCCCGAUGUGGAGAUUCCCGCUUUUCGGAAGAAGCAUCGUGUCGCGGCUUAUUACGCGAAAAUGAAGUAUGUGCCUCGUCCCUUCAACACCUCAGGCAAUGCAAGCCGACCGCGGAUAUUUGUCAUCUGGGCUGGGCACGGUGAUCAUGACAGGAUGAUAGACAUGGUUCUCGAAGCAAAGGAUCUUUUGAAGAAAGAAGGACCGGGGACAGAGAUGAAAAUUAACCUUGACUGGCUUCACGUCCCACGUGAAUCUUUUGAUGCUGGUGGCUGGGACGAAAUGGUUGGAUCAGAUCAUGUCGAGUGGAGCGUUGUAGAAGACGCAGAUCAUGACUCGCUUAUAGAAUCAGAUUUGGUGAAAUUGACCGGGGCCUUGAUGGAAGAGACAAUGGAUAAAUGGGUGCGAGAAGCGGAACUUAGGCCCAACGGUUCACGUUGA